UCCGUCCGGCUCCUUCGCAGGCUGCUCGUCCCUCCGGAGCGAGCGCGAGGCUGAGCCGGGGCAUCUCCAGCGAGCGGCCGCCAGCAGCCCGGCACUGAUCAAAAUUUCGGCAUCUUCAGAGAGGGGAGGGAGAUCCUCGUCUUCUGAAGCCUCCUCAAUGAGUGCCAAGCUCUCCAAGGAGUUGAGGCUGUCCCUGCCGCCGUGCCUCCUGAACAGGACCUCUGCCACCUUAAACGCCAGCAGCACCUGCAUCACGCAAGUGGGUCAGCUCUUCCAGUCCUUCUCUUCCACUCUGGUUUUAAUUGUCCUGGUCGCCCUCAUCUUCUGCGUGAUCCUCCUCUCCCUCACCACCUUCCACAUCCACAAGAGGAGAAUGAAGAAGCGGAAGAUGCAAAAGGCUCAGGAGGAGUACGAACGGGACCACUGCGCCCGCAGCAGCAAUGGCAGCAGCCAGCGCCCCCAGGCAGGGGUGCAGGCAGAGGUGCCCCACGGAGGAGACAGCCGGCUGGGAAGACCCCCCCAGGACUCGGAGAUCCAGCGCCCCUCUCUCUCGGCAGCCUCGAGCUCCCAGUCGGCAGGGGCUUGUUUGGACGCAGCUGGCACGGGGCUCUUGCAGACGGUGGUUUUGUCAUGAUGGUUUGGGGAGACCUUGCGAAGGCACUGGUCGGUGUUUGUAAAUAUCUAAGUGAUUAUUGUAGUCCCUGAAGAAGAAGAAGAAAACACUGCUAAUUCAAACGAACGAACAAGACCACGAUCCAAGCGCAUGACAGAUCACACUGCGUUUCUCAUUGACUGUGCAAGGAAAGGAUGUGUCUUUUUACUGGAGAAGCAGCUGCACGCAGCUACCAAAUAUCAAGUCAUCCUUCUGGAGGAAAGGACCAGGGGUGGGGGCUCCUUUUUCCCUUGACAUAGUUACCCCAAGGACUCGGACGAUCCCACUCUCCUGGGCUUCUCCCUGCACCCCGCGUCACCAUCGCAUGGCAUGGAUUGGGGCGUGGGUGAACAGCGCGGAGGGAGAGGCAGGUCUGGCAGGUGCUGUGGGACCCCUGUCCCCUUGGAGCUGGGCGACAGCCCACCGUGGUCUCUUCUUUCAUGCCAGGACCUAUGCCCCUCUCCCACCCCUCCUGCUCUUUUCAAGGACUGGAUAUUAUUUUGUGUAGAAAUGUCCACCUCCAGUUGGACGUAAGUAACCCGCAAGCGUCCUCCGGCCCCGCAGCCCUGUGCCCCCCAUCCGCAGCACUGAGCGUCCCGCUGUCCGGGGGCUGGAGCGGGCUGGCUGCGCAGAGUGACGCCUGAGCUCUCCUCUCCCCUCAGCCCCCCUCAUUUUCAAGUGCCCCACCCCGCCCCCCCCAAAUGAUAUGAAACCUGAAACCCAGUACUGUUUUGUGUGACUGGGAGGUGAUGUGCAGUAACUUGCCCAUCCCCUCCCAGGGAGGGUGUCCCUGUACCUCCUGCUGGUGCUGAAGCAAGCCCAGUUCUGCACCGGGCACCCUGCGUUGAACGUGCUGCGUUUACAGCUUUGCCUCCCAACAAGGAAUUCUGCAGCAGUACGGAUCUGGCUUCUACUUUUUUAGGCGCAUAUAUAUAUAUAUAUAUAUAUUUUUAAUUCUCCUAAUCUAGUAGGCAGGUAGGAGCAGACAGCACUUAAUUUUCUCCCCUCCUUCCUCUUUUUGGGAACGACCCACACAGUUGUGUGAAAUGUCAGCUCUUAAACCCUAACAAAUAUUUAUUUCAGAAGUGGCUGGUGUAG